CCUGCUUGCACGUCGCUUAAAAAAAACAGCAGCGGCGGCAGUUGAGGAAAGAGAGUAAAUAGAGAGAGAAGCCUCAAGAUGGCUGACUCGCUGGGCUCCGUCCAUCUCACCGGAGCUGCUGCGGUAGUCCCGGCGGUCGCCUCCGCUAAAAGCCUUCUCGUCAAGCCCACGGAGGCGAAGGGAGCCCCUGACAACCGCUCACAGUCUUCUCGCGAUUUCAACCCGCCGCCGCCCAAGAGGGUCCGGGUCGAGGAGAGGAGCGUGAAACCCAAGAAACUCAGCACGGAAGGAGGAGUGGGAGGCAACCGCAGUGUCAAAGAGAAACUCCAGCAGCCCACGAAGCAGCAGAGUUACAGCCCGGGGUCGUGGAACUUCAGUCCGCUGAAGACGAGCAGCAACAUCCCUCCUCCGGUGCCUGCUACCGGUGGAUCCCAACCACCGACAAACACCCAUAAAGUCUUCAAACAGAGCCAUUUCUUCCUCCACAAAGCGCCUUCCUCCUCCAAAUCCAAGAAACCCAAUAAAGAUAAACUGCGGGAGAAGGAGAAAGGAUGUGGAGAUAAAAAACAUAAACUGUUGGUGACCUCCGGACACGGGAGUAAUGUUAGUAACAACAACAACAACAACGAUGUCAGCAGAUAUAACAACACUUCUGCAGUCAAGAGGGAAAAUGGGGAGGUCAUGUUGCCACCUAAAGAGUACUCUGACAAGGCGAAAGAGAGAGAGCAAGAGGAGAGGGAGAAGAAGAAGGUCAAAGACAGAGAGAAGGAGAAGAACAAGCACAAAGUGAUCAACGAGAUCAAGCGGGAGAAUGGAGACGUCAAGCAGCCCAUUAAAGAUGAAAAAGAGAAGAUCAACUCUGAGGAGCUGCAAAUAAAAAAAGUGAAGAAGAAAAAGAAGAAGAAACACAAAGAGGUGGAGAAGCACAAACGUGUGAAGAUGUACCACCGCUCCUGCCAGACCACAUGUGCCGGCUUGCUCCUUUGCCCUCCAUCCUCUCCCCCUCCCAGUAACUCCUCCCUUUCUCCAUUUAAGUCCCCUCUCCCUAUUUUCAACACAACUAACAACAGAACACACCUCCUGCCUUCUUCUCCUCCUCUCGCCUCCAAAGCGCUCUUCAGCUCCUCUCUCCACAACUCUCCGUCAUGCAUCAAGCCUGCACAACCCUCCCCUACCAAAAACCAUGCACAGAGUGUGUACCCUGGCAUGGCCGGCCUGGAGUUUGCCCCGUACAUUCACAUAGAGAACCAGCCUAACGGAGGCGCCCUGGUGGCUCACGCCUACACCUCCCAGCUCUCCUCUCUCUCCGCGGGACAGAGGCAGAGAUUCGCCCAGGAGUUUGUCACCUUGUCUUUCAGUGAGGACUCAUCCCAGGCAGCUCAUUACGUCAUGGGGAUUGUCCACGGAGAGGCAGGUUACCUACCUGACUUUUUGGACUACUUCUCAGACAACUUUCCCUCAGCUCCAGUCAAAAUGGAAAUACUGGGGAAGAAGGACAUAGAAACCACCACCAUGGCUAAUUUCUACUCUCAGGUGAAAAAAACAUACAGUAAUGGAACAUACAGAGCCGGGGCGAUGAGACAGAUCAGUCUGGUAGGAGCCGUGGACGAGGAGGUUGGGGAUUAUUUCCCAGAAUUCCUCAGCAUGCUGGAGGAGUCACCCUUCCUGAAGCGGACUCUUCCUUGGGGAACGCGCUCCAGUCUAAGGCAGAUGAGUCCCACAGAGAGUGACGACGGGCCUAUAAUGUGGGUCAGACCAGGAGAGCAGAUGAUACCUGUAGCUGAUAUACCAAAGUCCCCUUUUAAAAGGAAACGCUCCACCAACGAGGUGAAGAACCUGCUGCAGUCUCUGCCCAGGACCAGCGAGCCCAGAGAGAUGCUGUUUGAGGAUAGGACCCGCGCGCAUGCCGAUCACAUCGGGCAGGGCUUUGAGCGUCAGACCACAGCUGCUGUGGGGGUCCUGAAGGCCGUACGUCCCGGAGAAAGCUCGGACCCUCCUCGUGUAACCAAAGACGUUGUGUGUUUCCACGCUGGUGAUUUCCCUCAUGUGGUUCAGAGGCUGCAGCUGGACCUAUAUGAACCUCCCCUAUCUCAGUGUGUGAAGUGGGUGGAUGACGCCAAACUGAACCAGCUGCGUCGAGAGGGCAUCCGCUACGCCCGCAUCCGCCUGUGUCACAACGACAUCUACUUCAUCCCUCGCAACGUGGUCCACCAGUUCAAGACCGUGUCGUCUGUCUGCAGCCUGGCCUGGCAUGUACGCCUACAGCAAUACCACGGUGGAGAAGGAGAGGACGAAGAAGAGGAGGAGGAGGUGAAGGAGGAAGAGGAGGAGGUAGAGCUGAAGGAAGAGGAGAGCGAGGUAGAAGAAGAGAGGAGGAGAGAAAAAAAGGAGGAAAAAUGUCUGAAAGAGAGGAUAAAGGAGGAGGUCGACGUGGCAGAAAAAAGGACGUUGCUGACUGUCAAAACUGAGGAGGAGGAGUCUCUUCCUCCUCAGCCUUCACCUCUUGUGUCUCCGCCUCCUCUCUCCAUGGACUCCAAUGUGAGCGGCACGAGAGACAAAGAAGAAGAAGAAGAGGAGAAGAAGAGGUUGAAAGAAGGAGUCAAACCCAAACAACAGGAUUCACCUCAUGCAAAAAUAAAAGCAGAACCACUUUCAACCUUAAGAAACAAAUCAACUCCACCUCCUUCUGCUUGCCGUCCUCCUGAUCAGGACGCCAAACCCAAAGCAGCAUUAUCAAAGCACCAUCACCGUCAUCACCAUCAUAACUCUGAGAACAGGACGACGUCUUCCAGUAAAAGCUCCUCUUCAUUUCCUCACUCAGCUUCUAAAUCACACAUCUCAAAGUCUUCCUCUUCAUCUUUGGUGUCUCCUCUAGCUCCUCCUUCUCCAUCCUCAGUAUCCUCUGCAUCUUCUCUUCCAGCUACAACAUCCUCCUCCUUUGCCAAAUCAGCCCAAACUAUUGUGAAACCAUCUUCCUCCUGUCGGCCUGAACACCUGAAGGACAAAGACUCCCCCCACCUGAAAGCAGACAACGCCUUAGACACUCGGACACACAAAGCUGCAGCAGACGUUCAACAAACACACACACCUUCAGGUCUGCAGGUAGACAUUCGGACACACACUGCAGAUGUGAGGACAUACACACUCCAAGAGACAUGGACUCGGAGUUCAAACUCGAGGACCUCGUCUUUGGAUCCACAGAGGCCGGGGAGUUACCUGCAGCAAUACACACCCAAACACCUGCCCCCUCCCUCCCCACUCCCUCACAUGCUGCCCCCAUCUUACCCUCCUCACAGACCCCCAAUGCAUCCCCCAAAUCCUCCACUGCCCCAAACUAUGAACUCAUUUCUCCCACAGACUCCGCCCCCCCAUUCAGCCCACAUAAACCAGCUCCACCUGCCCCCCCCUCCCCAACCUAACCUCACCACCCAGUCUCAACCGUACUACCACCCUCCCCUCCCCGCCUCCCAAACUCUCCCUCAUCUCCUCCCUCACCAUCACCAGUACCCCCCCCAAACCAAACCCUACUACCCCCAUCAGCACCCCCACUUCCCGUUUCAUCCCUUCCUCCCCCCGCAGUCGUACCUCCCCCAACUGCCCGCUUCUUACCCCCCACAGCCGCUGUACCAAACUCUAAAGCCAGCACAGCAUUUCCCUUCGCCUCCUCCUCUGCCUCCUCCUCCUCCUCCUCCCCCUCAGCCUUCACCCUCCCUCCUCUCCCCCUCCCCAAUGCAUGAAGAGCAGAUUUUAUAGUUUUUGUACAUAUGAUGCUGUUUUUAAAUAACUGUAUAUGUAGAGCGAGGAUUUAUUUAGAUUGUGUUUUUAAAACAGUAAAAGAGGGAGGAACAGUAAGAGCACAAUAAUGUUGUUUUUAAUGCUGAUUUUAAAUAUCCCAGUUGUGCUCGGGUUUCAUUUGCAUUUGUUGGUAGUUUUGGCCUUGAUGUACGGCUACAAAGAUGUUGACAUUUUUAAGACGGUUUCAGCCUCAAGUUUAAACUACUGGUUCUGUUUUCUGUGAAUGCAGUUUAAAAAAUUUAUUUUAAAAUCACUCCAUCAGAGAUAGGAAGGAAAUCGUUUUGAAACUUAUCUCAAAUAUUUAUAGAAAAAAGGUAUGGAUGUUCGACCUUUUUGUGAAACUUGCAGCUAAUGCUUCCAUUUUUGUGGCUUUUUUCUAGUGAGUUUAUUUUUAUGCCCAAGACUGUUUCUGGAAUUAUUAUGGGUCAAAUUGUAAUAUUAUACAAUACACUAUUGUAUCAAUAUUGCUGCAUUUCCUCUACUGUACCAUAUUGAUGAAUUCAUCAAUAUGGUAAACUGCAGAAUUUUUCCAUAAUAUUGUAUCUUGAGCAUUUUUGCUCUGCAAUAAUCUGCUGGAUUCAAAUGCAUUUCAUUGUUAUUGAUAUGGCAACAAGUUAAAUCAUUAGAAUAUUAGUGAAGUUUUUCUAGUGCCAAGAAAUAAGAAAUGACAGCCCUGUAUACAGUAUACAUUUUUACUUAAAGUACACUCAUAGUACCAAAAAUGUCAAGCAAUAAAGUAUUCUGAUUACCGUAGAACUUAAAUUAAUUGCCCGGGCCUUUAUUUGGGACAGGCGUUAAUAAGAGACAGGCCUAUAAUUAUUUAAAACAAAAUUCAUGCAAAGCACGUUUUGGACAGACUUUCAAAUUGUAAAUUUACAUCAAAACGAAUAUUUAACAAAAUUAGGAUAUCAACAAAUUAAAUUAGAAAUGACUUGGUUGAUUUGAUCUGUUCUAAGCUUUGACACCAUACCAACUUGUUGGACUGUGGGAGAGGGAGACAUUUUUGUUAAUAUAUUUUUGAUCCGCAAACUGAUCAACACUAAUUGCAUAAGCGGCCUCUAAUGGAGACCUGCUGUUUUGUUUUACGGUAUCUUGUACAUUUAGCUACAACAGUGUCAAAGCUCUAAAUCUGCUUUGAUUCACAUCAUCAUUUGGAUGAUUCUCUGAUAGAAAAAAAGGUUCAGGGUCAUGAGAUUUAUAAAAGUCAAACUUAUUAGGACCUUUGCAGAUGCACUUAGAGCUCCCCAUACAGAACGAGCAGACUGAUAUCACACAUGUAGCUGUUGAAGACUUUCCAGAUGUGACUCAUAGCACUUUUAAACAUAGAUUCAUCAACUACUGUUUUCUUACACUUUAAAUUAUUCUAGAUAUUUAAGUUAAAGGAGCAAUAUGUAAGACGUGUACUGAAUGAAAUCAUAAAAUGACCUUACUAUAUCAUCAGACAUUAAGGAAACAUGCUAUGUUGAAGUGCAGCAGCCAGUAUGUCCUCCUUCUAACUUUCAACAGAAUGGUCUGUAUUUUUUUGACCAGAGAAGGUAGGCACCCCCACCAGUCGUUUUGGAUGCCACUCGGUUUGCCAGAUAUGACACUAGUUAUCACCGCAAUCCAACAGGUGUUGAGUGAUGAAAGUGGCCAAGCAAACUGGUUCAGAUAGAAGUGAAUCUAAAACUAGGAUCAAUAUUGGAGAUGCUUUUGGAAAGAGAGGUUAGAACAAAGAAAGUUUUACAGACUGAUGCAGAGCUGGCUAAACACUGAAGCUUCAGUGUCUGCGACAUGGCAACCAGCUUGCAAAGCUUUUGAAUUCAGACUGCAGUACCCAUUUUAAAGGCUAGGUGUCAGAGUCAGAUAUUGCUUCUUUAAUGAACCCCGGUUUACAACAGGGCAUUUAAAGGUUCUUCCAAAUCUACAAUGUUCAUGUUUAAGGCCUUAGAUCUUCUAAGAUAUAGUUAUUUUAUUCUAUAGGCUCAAAGACAAACAGACAAAGCACUAUUUAUAUUGACAUGAGGUUUUUUUUUUCUGCUUUUGAAUGUUUAAUUUAAGAACCAGAGACUGGAGUGCUCUCUUGUAGAAAGUAAAUAAUUUAUAUUCUGUUUUAGGAAUGACUAUGAAUAGUACUCUUCUGUCUCGCCCAACAGCUGUAGAACUUUUUGUUGAUCUUUUUUUUUUUUUUGUCGUAGAUGUCUUGACAACAACAUUGGAGUCCAGCCCACUUGCUAAUGUAGCCUACAACAUUUCCCCAGUGCCUGUCCUUAACUGUGAAGUCCAGAACCAUGUAGAGAAGGAGUUCUGUCAACUCACAGACGUGUUUAAGGUCCCAGUCUUAAGUUUUCACUGAACAAAUGGAUGCAAAGCUUAAAAUUGGUCACUAAAGCUUUUGACAACUCUUGAAAAGUCUGUGGUCUGAGACUGGAAUCAGUCAAACUUUGUGGGUUGUGCUUAGUCUGGAAAAUUUGGAAAAAUGAAAUCUAAACUUUCAGCUCUCUUCAGGGAAUUAAUUUCAGAGGCACAACUCUUCUGUAUGUGGCUCUGGUUAGAUCGAGGUGAUAAUGAAGCACUUGAUGCCACUUGCGGGCGCUCUGCAGCUCUUUUUAUGCUUUCGGGUUUCAGAUGUUACAAAAGUAACUGACAAGGAUCUUCUAUAUUUUUUGUACAAAUGUGAAAAGAUUAUGGUCGAAAACAUGUCUUCAGCAGUCGCUGCUGUUUUCAUCGAUUUAUUUAUCUUAAGGUUUUUUUUGUUUGUUUUUUGGUGAUUUUAAUCUGUCAGCACUGUAGUGUACAUAAGAAGUUUUGUAAAGAGGAAAAUAUGUAUUGUGGUUUUUACUUUAAAUAUGAGCCUAGCUAAUAAAAGGUUCAAUGUAUGGAA